CCCCCAAAACCUCGUGCCAGCACCGCCGGAGGUAAGAAUUCUGCGAGAAGGGAAAAAAAGAAAGAAGAAAGUUGAAGUCUUUUCUCAUCCAUUUUCUCCAAUAGUCAAUAGCAAAUAAUGGAGGGGAGAUUGGCUAAUAUGUGGAGGUUGACCGUGAACGAAAGCAAAUUCGUGGAAACGGCGUUGCAAUCUGAGCUCAGAGUUGAUGGUCGUGGGCUUUAUGAUUACCGCAAGCUCACAAUUAAAUUUGGAAAAGAAUAUGGUAGCUCAGAAGUUCAACUUGGUCAGACUCAUGUGAUGGGUUUUGUGACUGCUCAGUUGGUUCAACCGUACAAAGACAGGCCUAACGAAGGCUCCCUCUCUAUCUUCACUGAAUUUUCUCCAAUGGCUGAUCCAUCGUUUGAGCCAGGUCGUCCUGGCGAAUCUGCUGUGGAGCUGGGCCGUAUUAUAGACCGCGGUCUAAGAGAAAGCCGUGCGGUAGAUACAGAGUCACUCUGCGUUCUAGCUGGAAAGAUGGUCUGGUCCGUUCGCAUUGAUCUUCACAUUUUGGACAAUGGAGGGAACUUGGUUGAUGCUGCAAAUAUUGCUGCGUUAGCAGCGCUCAUGACGUUUAGGAGACCUGACUGCACUGUAGGAGGGGAGAACAGUCAAGACGUGAUCAUACAUUCACCGGAGGAAAGGGAGCCACUUCCGUUGAUAAUACAUCAUAUUCCAAUAGCCUUCACGUUUGGAUUUUUCAAUAAAGGCAACAUCGUGGUGAUGGACCCAACUUAUGUUGAAGAAGCGGUUAUGUGUGGGAGAAUGACUGUGACAGUCAAUGCCAAUGGCGAUAUAUGCGCAAUCCAAAAACCGGGAGAAGAAGGCGUGAACCAGAGUGUAAUCCUACAUUGCCUGCGUCUUGCUUCUUCAAGAGCUGCUGCAACAACUAAGAUAAUUAGAGAAGAGGUUGAAGCAUAUAACCGUGAGAAGAACUUACAGAAGGUGAAGCGACAUCCUACUAUGGCUAAAUCUGAAGUUUCUGGACCAAUGGUAGUUGUGAAGGAGGGACACAAGAAGUCCACCGCAGAUCAGGAAAAAGCUGCAGAGAGAUCUCGGGAAGACGUCGAAAGGUUAAACCUGUCUUCAGUCGAACUAAAAGGCAGGAAGAAACAAGAAGCUGCUGCCUCUCCUGCCAAUUUCAAAGGCGGUCCAUCGAGUUGGGAUCCUUACACGGAAGCUAUGGAUGUUGAUUCGCUGAAAGCUUCUCUUGCUUCAAAAGGGGCUUCUCCCGUGACGAAGUCACCGAUCAAGAAAAAGAUGGACGGCUCUGAAAAUACGCAGAAAGAUGGUGAGAGUUCAAUGGAGGAUCUAACCGAAGAUUUAGGGAAGGAUGGAGAGCUGACACUCAAAGAUGCUGUGAAACCUAAGAAGAAGCGAAAAACAAAAGCAGUGAAAAAGGUCUAGUGUUUUGUUUAUUUUUGGUAGUGAGCACUGAGCACAAAUUUAUUUUGUCCUUUGUAAGGAAAUAGGAAAGACCAAACCAAAGCAAAAAUAGAUUCCAGGUUUAAUGUGUCCCAAUCACUCGUUUAAACCUAUCUUCUUCCCUUGAGACUCUGGAUACGGAUUUAAGGUGAACCUAUUUUUCUGAAAA